AUGGGGGCGGGGCCUGUUCACGAAAAGAGAACCCUCGCGCUUUAUCUGGCCUGGGUGGAGGCAUGGUGCUCUGUCCGGGAAGCUCAAGCGACUAGUCCGGUGUUAACUAGUAUGACGCUUGAUGAAGUCUGUCAAAUUUUCCGAGAGAAGGACACGAGACUUCCUUCGCUUGAGACAAUUGAAAGCGCCGUGAUCGUAUUCCGAGAGCAGUUUAAACAAGGCAGAAUCACCCUGGGCGGCAGUCGACCACCCUCGAAUAAUCAAAUAAAUCUUUUGUCUGAGAACUACGACCCCAGAACGCCUUGUGAAUGCUGUGGCAUCGGCCCCACUUGUGCCUCUUUCGAUACCGACUUUGAGACCCUUGCCCAGAAUUGCCGAUGCAAUGCGAUCCAAAAGAUGUUGGAACUAGUCCGGCUGAUAGGUGACAAGCCAGACCAAUGGAAUGGCCAUGGCAUUCUCACUCAACAAGCUCUAGAGAAAGCCGCCGUCGAACUGGCACUGUCAAACACCGAAUGGCAGAAACCUAUAGACUGUCAUCCGGGCUCCUGCAAAUCCUUGCCAAACGUUUUUGCCCCCGAUCGCCGACCAAAUCCUCAUUGCGACACCCCGGCAGACGUACAUCAUGCAAUGUAUCCAACAUUUGAGCAUAUCAAGCUCUGCGCAGACGCUAAAUACUAUUACUCGAUUGCUUGUGGAGGGAGUCUUUGCGAUGAGGGUAUCUCUAGAGCUCUGGCCGACAUGGGAAACGAUAUCUUGAUUGCCGACUACUGCGAGGCUGCAAACGAAGAGAAAAUCGCUCUUCUCCAGAAAACCGGUGCAGCAGCGGUGUCCUUUCUCCGACUAUGUAAUAUGGCUGGCUUUAUAGCAGACUGGCAGUUUAAUGUUGUGGCUGCCAGUGUGCUGCAAUUCCGUGCCACGGGCUACUAUCGGGACCAUGCGCACCCUCGAUUACCGCAAGGGCUUUUUGGGUCUAGACAGACAGGGAAUAGUGUCCACCGGCAUAUAGACCUUGGCUUCAUGGUAGAGAUUGUGUGCUCCUCCCUUGGAACGGGAGAGACGUUCGAUAAGCAUGUUUAUUUCGACAUUGUUGAGGCCUGCGCCUUACUCAACGACCUUGUCGAUUUCCGCAGCGACACUACUAGGAGACAACGCGAAAAUAUUGUGUUGAGGGGUAUCCGCAAAUCCGUAUGCCGAAGCUUGAACGACCAAAUCUACAGGUGCUAUCAGAAAGUACUGGUCAACGUGAGGAAGCAAAAGGUUUCCGCACUGGUCAUCAUGGCCUUCUGCAACUGGUGUAUUUUGGGCUCGCACCAUAAGAUUUUCGAGCUGCUUCGCGGAUUUACAGUUAACCCAGAAAACCCACCCUGCAAAUAUGAUGGGCUGGAGUUGUAUGAUCAACUUGUUGAAGCUCUUAUUCCAUAUGGGACCUUACGGGAGCAUGGCCCACGUCUUGACAUGACGCGUGCGGAUCUAGACAAACUUUAUUGUCUGUACAGGGCGGACUCCGAGACUCAUAUCGCCUGGCUGGCUGAUUCCACGCGUAUUUUACUCGACCCUCGCCAUUGUCGGCCAAUCGUUGACGCAAUACAUUUUGAGUGGAAUGGAUCGAUCGGGGACUUGAACUAUUGCCCGUGA